GCUGUCUAGAGUGGCUGAGGAGGUUGGCUGGGAGGCUUGGCUGGGGUCCGCCUUCCAUGCGGCUCUUCGGAAGCGAACAGGGAAGGACAGUAGAAAGGAUAGGACCUCCCUCCGCGUCGUUGUUAGGAUCCAUGGUCCCUGUCGUGGGACGGGCCGCCUUGCGCGGAGGUGUCAGUCGGGGCUGCGCUCUUCCCGAGGCCUUCGCACCCGCCCUCCGUCCUUGUCCGCUUCCGGAGGCGGCACCCUGAGCCUGAGCGCCUUUUUACAAGGGGGAGCCUGGGGCUCGGAGUGCGACAGUCGUCCCGAGGCCACUCCGCUCAGUGUGGGGUGGGGGUUCGGCUGCUCCCGCAGAGCCCGCUCCAGUCGCCAGCUUCUCGACUCGAUUCUUCUCAGAGGAUCCCAUGGCGGCCGUGGCGCUUAUGGACCGGGCUCAGGGCUGUGUGACCUUCGAGGAUGCAUUUGUGUACUUCUCCCGGGAGGAGUGGGAGCUCCUUGAGGAAUCUCAGAGACUCCUGUACCGUGACGUGAUGCUGGAGAACUUUGCACUUGUGGCCUCUCUGGGUUGUUGGUGUGAAUCAGACAAUGAGGAGGCCCCUUCUGAGCAGAGCGUUUUUGUAGGAGUGUCAGAGGUCAGGACUCCUGAGUCAUGUCCAUUUAUCCAGAAAGCCCACCCAUGUGAGAUAUGUGACCCACUCUUGAAAGACAUUUUGCACCUGGCUGAACACCAGGGAUCAUGCCCUGCACAGAAACGGUACACAUGUGACCCCUGUGGGCGAGGAUUCCUGUUCAGUGAAAACGUUUAUCAGCAUCAGAAGCAAUAUAGUGGGAAGAAUCCCGUCAGAAGGGAUGAUGAUGGGGCCUCACUUGUGAAGAGCUGUGCUGUCCACAUGUUAGGGAGACCUUUUACUUGCAGGGAGGAAGGGAUGGACUUGCCGGAUAGCUCUGGCCUCUUCCAGCACCGAAGUACUCACAGUGGAAUGAGUCCAUGCAGAAGGGCUGAGUUCGUGGAGCCUUUUCCACAAAGCUCCAGACUCGGGCGACACCAGGGAGACCAUGAUGAACUGAUGCUUCUCAAUUGCAGUGACAAUGGAAAAGCCUUCCUGAACACCUUCACUCUCCUUGACAACCAGAUAACUCAGGCUGAAUUGCGAGCUUUUAGGUGCCUACCAUGUGGAAAUCUGUCCAAGGAGAAAUCGGCUCUUAUUCAUCACAAUAAAAUUCAUAGUGGAGAAAUAUCACAUGUGUGUAAGGAGUGUGGAAAGGCCUUCAUUCACCUGUCUCACCUAAAAACCCACCAGAAAUUUCACACUGGAAAACGACAGUAUACAUGCAAUGAAUGUGGAAAAGCUUACAGCAGAAGCUCCCACCUUGUUCAGCACCAGAGAAUUCACACCGGAGAAAGGCCUUAUGAGUGCAGCGAAUGUGGAAAAGCUUUUAGCCGCAAAAACACACUUGUUCAGCACCAGAGAGUUCACACUGGAGAAAGGUCUUAUGACUGCAGUGAAUGUGGAAAAGCCUACAGCAGAAGCUCCCACCUUGUGCAGCACCAGAGAAUUCACACUGGAGAAAGGCCUUAUGAGUGCACUGAAUGUGGGAAAUUCUUUAGCCAAAGCUCUCACCUUAUUGAGCACUGGAGAAUUCACACUGGGGCAAGGCCUUACGAGUGCAUAGAAUGUGGAAAAUUCUUUAGCCAUAACUCCAGCCUCAUUAAACACAGGAGAGUCCACACAGGAGCAAGGUCUUAUGUGUGUGGCAAAUGUGGGAAGGCUUUUGGCUGCAAAGACACACUUGUUCAGCACCAGAUAAUUCACACUGGAGCAAGGCCUUAUGAGUGCAGCGAGUGUGGAAAGGCCUUCAGCCGUAAAGACACGCUUGUACAGCACCGGAAAAUCCACACCGGAGAAAGGCCUUAUGAGUGCAGCGAAUGUGGAAAAUUCUUUAGCCAUAGCUACAACCUCAUUGUGCAUCAGAGAAUUCACACUGGAGCAAAGCCUUAUGAGUGCAGUGAAUGUGGAAAAUGCUUUAGCCACAACUCCAGCCUCACUUUACACCAGAGGGUUCACAGUGGAGCAAGGCCUUAUGUGUGUAGUGAAUGUGGGAAAACCUACAUUAGUAGCUCCCACCUUGUUCAGCACAAGAAAGUACACACUGGAGCGAGGCCUUAUGAGUGCAGUGAAUGUGGGAAAUUCUUUAGCCGCAAUUCUAGCCUCAUCCUUCACCAGAGGGUUCACACUGGAGAGAAGCCUUACGUGUGCAGUGAAUGUGGGAAAGCCUAUAGCAGAAGCUCCCAUCUUGUUCGGCACCAGAAAGUUCACACUGGCGAAGGGCCUUAUAAAUGCUACAUCUUUGGUGGCCCUUUAGCUGCAUCUGUUACACUUGUUUAGCAGCCAGAAAGUUCACACUAGAGAAAGGCCUUAUGAAUGCAGAAAAUGUGCUGUAUCCUUGUUCAAGGUAUUAGGACUCACACCAGAGAAGAGCUCUGUG